UUUAUGACCCUUAAGGACAUGGCCAUGGACUUCACCACGAAGGAUUGGGAGCACCUGGGGCUGGACCAGGGGGACCUGUUCUGGGACACAGCACUGGAAAACUACCAGAACCUCUUUCUGCUGAACCCCCCCAGACCCAGCCUCACCUCCCUGUCAGGUGAUGAAGAACCAGAGACCCUGGAGAGAGGAAGCCCAAAAGCAAAGGACCCUGACAUGGUCGAGCCCAAGAACUUGCCCCUUAAGCAGGACUUGAUGGAAGAAGACCUAUCCCAGGAGAUAAUGGAGACCUUAUCAAAAGACGGCCUCUGGUACUACAAUUUGGGGGAAGUGUGUAUUGGUGAGAACUGGUUAGAUAAUUUGAUCGGAGAUCCUGAGAGCCUUCUGAGGUCUGACUUUGUCACCAACAAGGAAAGUCCCACCAAGUGCAGCAGUCCAGAGCUCAAGAGAGAUGUCAGUCCCAAGUCCUUUCUCGAGGCAGGAGAGGACACAACGGUGUGUGAACUUCCCGAAGAGAGCCCCAUGCCAGCAGAACCUCAGCAACUUCAGGAUGACUUUGACCACCAGUCAGACCAGAGCCAACAGGAGGUGGCAGCCCAGGGCACUGAGAAGCUGUACAAAUGUAGCGAGUGUGGGGAAACCUUCAUUCAGAGUUACCACCUCAUCCAGCACUGGAUUAUUCACACUCGAGAGCAGCCCGCUGACGCGGGCCAGGACUGCGAGGACAGACUCAACCAGAACGCUUACCUUCCUGUGUACCAAGCACCCCACCCAGGCUAUAGACCUUACGUGUGCAACGUCUGCGGCAUGACCUUCAGUCAUAAUAUGCACCUGCUGUGGCAUCAGAAAAUCCACACUGACGAAAACCUGCCCAAGAGUCAAGACACCGCCACCCAGGUGUCCAGUCAGAGCACAGAGCCCGUUCCGUGUCAGAAACCCGAGCCAGCUGGCAGAUCCUACACUUGUAGCCAGUGCAACAAGACGUUCAGCCGGGCCUUCCACCUCAGCCGCCAUCAGCAGACCCACUCCCGCAAACGCUAUGAGUGCACCCAGUGCAAGGUGACCUUCAGCCUGAGCAAGCACCUUGUCCAGCAUCGGAAGACUCACGUCAUCAAAGCUCUUUUCCAGUGUCAAGACUGCGGGAAGUCCUUCCGGCGCGCUGUGUCCCUCAUUGAACACCGGGCCAUCCACACAGGCGAGAAGCCGUACAAGUGCGAUGAGUGUGGCAAGGUCUUCAGCCAUUCCUCAACUCUGAAGAUCCACCAGCGGGCUCACAGCGGGGAGAGGCCGUACACCUGUAGCGAGUGUGGCCGGACUUUCUGCCGGAGCACUCACCUCAGUGAGCAUAAGAGAACACACACGGGGUUCCGGCCCCACAAAUGCCCCGAGUGUGUCAAAAGCUUCAACCGACCCUCCCACCUGAUCCGCCACCAGUCCACUCAUGCCUCCGACAAGCCCUACAGCUGUGCCGACUGCAAGAAGACCUUCAGCCUUAACGAGCACCUCAUUCAGCACCAGAAGAUCCACACUGUGGAGGCCCCCUAUGAAUGUCAAGAAUGUGGAGAGAAAUUCAUUUGCAGCUCAACCCUAAAUUGCCACCAAAGCGUUCACACCACAGAAAAACAAAGAUUAGAGGAGAGCAGGAAGCUUGACGUCUUGAGUCAGGACUCCCAACCCGAGGAGCCUCCAGGGAUCAGCUUGAAACUCUUUAAGUGUGGCAAGUGUGGGAAAACCUUUAGCUGCAGCAGAUACCUCAAGCAGCACCAGCGGAUCCAUACCAGGCUGAAGCCCUUUGUGUGCAGCCGGUGUGGGAAAGCCUUCAGCCAAAACAGGCAGCUUAUUCGCCAUCAGAAAAUCCACUCUCAGGGAAAGCCCUACCAAUGUAGCGAAUGUGGGAAAGCCUUCCGCCUCAGCUCCUUCCUCACCCGGCAUCAGGCCACCCACACCAGCGAGCACCCGUUUAAAUGCGACAAGUGCGGAAAGACAUUCUGCCAAAGUGCACAGCUUUCUGAACAUCAGUUAUUUCACACUGAGGAGAAACCCUUCAAGUGCAAAGAGUGUGACAGAGUCUUCCCCCAGGUCAAGUACCUUGUGCAGCACCAGAGAACACACACCCAGAAGACGCCCUUUGAGUGCAGUGAGUGUGGCAGGACUUUCCGCCAGAGCUCGUGCUUUUCAAAACACCAGCGCGUUCACACCGGUGAGAAACCCUACCAGUGCAGCGACUGUGGGAAAACCUUCUGCGUGGGCACCCAGCUCACCCGACACCAGAGAAUUCACACUGGGGAGAAGCCUUACGUCUGCCAAGAGUGCGGGAAAGGCUUCAGCCAGAGCUCGUGCCUUUCCAUCCACCAGAGGAUUCACACCGGAGAGAAGCCCUACAUCUGUGUCACAUGUGGGAAAGCCUUUUCCCAGAAAGCCAACCUGAUGCAGCAUGAGAAAAUUCACUCCGGUGAAAAGCCCUACACCUGUGAGGUGUGUGGUAAAGCCUUUAGCCUCAGCUCCCACCUCAGCCAGCACCAGAGAGUUCACAACCAAAAGAAAUUUCACCCGUGUCAGCAUUGUACCAAAGUCUUCUGGAGCUGGUCAGGCCUCACACGACACCUCCGAGUUCAUGCUGAGAAGAAAUAG